AGGAUGAAGAAACGAAGGUAGUAUCUCUCGAGUCUUUAAUUUAUAGAAAAAUUUACCAAAAAUUUUGCAAAAUGCAAUCAAGCACUGACACUAGCCCAAUAGUUAUCAACAAAGAAAUCUACACCAAAUUUCCCGCUGGAGAAAUAGUACCUCUAAAGCGUAAGGUUAAAGGGGUAGAUGGCACUCGCUUAAUGAAUGAAUUCAUUCUCUCUAAGGAUGGAAUCAUGCAUAAAGACUUUAUGAAAUUAUCAUUAAUCCCUAAACGGAAGCGUAAGAAAGCCAAGGCUACUUGUAAGGCCCAGGUUAGGACUCGGUCUCAAUCAGUGUUAAUUCCCUCAAAGACUCCUAUGUCUAAGAGCCAAAAUUCUGAAUUACUACAGAAAAAUUACAAGGUCACGAUAAAAAGAGGGAUUUUAAAUCAAAACAAUAAUUCAGGUGAGGAUAAAUAAUGAACAAAUAUGGCAAGAAUACUUCAAGAUGAGGAGGGCUAAGAUUAUCAAACGGUUCAUUGAACAGAAGAUAUUCCAGAAAGGCAUAACCAGUUGUAUUGAAGGCAAACUAUCUCUUAAGAGAAAAACUAGUGCAGACACCAGAAAUCGGCAGUGUUUGGAUGAAAAGCAUGAUGAUAUGAACAGAAGCCAGAUCAUUACUGCACUUGAUAGGAGUCGAUACAAAAGCCCAAUCAAUGCUAAAUACUUCCACAAGGCUCUGAAAUAUUUAUAUAAGCCAAAAUAUGGGUAGAAAGAUACUUCCUCCUCCUACCUCUCAAGAGUUUUGUUUAAAAUCUUCCAAAAGAUCCCUUAAGAUUCUUCCAAGAUCGAGAUCUUCCCAGCGGCAGUUAAAGUCACAGUCAGUGCUGUUUGUAGUUUCCCAA